AUGCACAUUUCAAACAAAGUAUAGAAAAUCAUUUAGUUACACGAAAAAAAUAAAACUGAGAAUAUAAUGAAGCUAUAUAAAAGUAUACUUUCAAUUAUUCCAGAAGGAAUCGCCGUAAUUAACUCAGAGAAAAAGCUUCUUUAUGCUAAUUCUACUUUAAAAAAAAUAAUAUAAUCAAAAAAAAAAUAAGAUAUCAUUUAAGUAUUAAUGAAUUUAGGAAAUAACAAUCCAUAAGUAGAAACUAAUCCAGGAAAAUAAAAUAUUAAUUAACAGACUCAAAUAAAUGUUAAAAGUCAUUUUAAUCUAGAAAAAGAAAAAAAUAACUAAGAUAAAUGUAAAAAGUAGAGUAUUUUAAAUUAAAAUCCAGCUAAAAAAAAUAGUUAACAAUACUCAAAUUUAGAAAUAAACUAAUGUACAGCAGGAUAAUAACAGCAAGCGAUUUCAUCAAAAUAAAUAAAAACUUAAAUUAAAAAAAAUUUAAUCUUAAACUUUGAAAAUACUAGUUAGAGUUGUCAGUAACAAGGUUCAAAUAUAAAAAUUUAAUUUCAAGAGUAAAUUUAAGAAGCUAUUUAAGCUUCCAUGGAUAGUAGUUCAUAAUCUUCUAUAGAUAAUUAGAGUCAACAGUAGAAUUUUAAUAAUAAAUAAGAAGAGAAGAAUAAAAAUCUAGAUCCUCGAACAAGUAUUCAAAUCCAAAGACCUUGCAUCAAUAAUAAUAAUAACUAAGAGGGUUAAAAUAAUAUAGGGUUGGAGCAACCAAAGUCAUUCAUCUCAUUUUCCAACAAAAAGAUAGUUGGAUUAAGAAGGGACUCAAAACAGUGUGUGCAACGAAAAUCCCUUUUUACAAGAAAUAACACAAACUAAAGCAGUAUUGGAAAUUACUAAAGCGAUUAAAGCGAAAUAUUAUCUUAUCAAGGAUUUGGAUUUAAUUAAGAGGAAUAAAACUAAUCUUAUCCAAAAAAUUUAGGUUUUGAAAUAUAAUAUAAUAGCAUUGCAUGUGAUUCUGUUUCUAAUAAAGCUAAUCUAGCAGAUAGUUCUACUUUAAGAUCAAAAUAAAUGGCUAUUCACAGAAAAAGUUGGAAAUUUUAUAAUUCUUCUUUAUCAGCUUUAUCCCCUACUAUUAAUAAAAGACCAAUAUAGUAAAUGUAGCAUAGUCAACCUAACAUAGUAGAUAAUUUAAGUGAAGAAAGUAAAAUUUAAAAUAAUAUUUCUUCAAAUAUAAAGAAAGAUUCUUUGAGUUUUUCUACAAAUAAGGCAAGAAUUUCACAAUAAACAACCUGUCCAUUUAUUAUGAAAGUGAAAACCAGAAAAAACUAAUAGCUAAACUAAGAAAACAGCAACAUUUCAUUGGCUCAAACAAAUAUAUCUAAUAUCGUUGAUUGGAUGCUUUCUUCUGGGAAAGAUUAGUAGAAAAAUAAUUAAAAAAAUGAUAAUGAUAUCUAAAAUCCAAAUUUUUGUGAAAAAUAUAAUAUUCCACUUAAUUGUGCUUCAUAAAGAAAAUCUUUUUUAUCUCAUUUCUAGAAAUAAAGCUAGCCUAACUUAUCUUAUAUCUAAUAAACUGAUACAUUAACCAAAAUUUAGGUUAAGCAUAAAAAUAAAGAUUUAGUCUUAUAAUUCUUGAGAGUAGACUUACUAACUGAGAAUUAGAAAAAUGAUCCUUUAGUAUUAAUAAUGGUUUAAGAUUUGUGGUAAGAUUUAUAUAAGAAGAAAGUAUAAGAGCUAUAAAAGGAUAAGAUGAAACUUUUUGCAAGCUUAUCUCACGAAUUAAGAACACCCUUGAAUUGCUCUAUAUCUAUGCUAGAAGUUUUAAAGGAUGAAAUGUCUGUGAAUAAUCAAAGAUAUAUAGAUGAAUACCUUAAUCCAGCUUUAUUCUCAAAUAAACUCCUUUUAAAUUAAAUAAAUGACAUUUUAGAUUUUGUUUAAAUGGAUUCAGGUAAAUUUAAAUACUCAUUUAUAGAUUUUGAUAUAGUAGGGCUCUUAAAAGAUUGCUAAAAACUUAUUAGUAUGCAAGCCAGCAUGAAAAAUAUAAAUAUAAAAGUAGUGAUUCAAAAAGGAGUUCCUGAAAGGAUUUGCUCUGAUCCGAAUAGAAUUAGAUAAAUUUUAUUAAAUUUUUUAUCAAAUGCCUUAAAAUUUACAGUAAAAGGAUAUAUUGAGAUUGGAAUAAAUCCUUUAGGAAAAAACCUCUAUGAGAUUUAUGUUAAAGAUACAGGUAUUGGAAUUAUGAAAGAUAAUUUAGAAAAGAUAUUUUAAUUUUGCAACAAAAUAAAUUAUAAUUAAAAUGAUGAAAGUUUAAAUUAGUAAGGAUGUGGUUUAGGUUUAACAAUAUCAAAUUCUAUUGCUAAUGGAUUAGUUUCAAAUAAUAUAAAUGAGAAAGGCAUUAAAGUACAGUCAGAAUAUGGGAAGGGAUCAACAUUUAGUAUAGUAAUUCAAGACAUGGAUUUCUAAGUUCAUAGCAAAUAAUUUAUAAAAGAUUUAGUGGAAAUUUCUCUGAAUGAUUUAUAAGUUGAUAAAAUGAAUGAAUAGAAAAAUUAAGAAGAAGAAAUAUCACCCUAUAAAAAUAAUACAAGCAAAAGAUCUUCAUUGUAAAUAAAGUCUCUUUAUAAAAGUAAAAAUGUGAAUCAACAUUAAAUUCAUCCUUCUCAAGUUAUUAUUGAAGAUGAAAUGAGCCAAGCUGAUUAAAGCAACCAAAGUGUAGAUUUUCUCAAGAAUUCUUUUAUCCAAACCCAAUUAGAUUUAUAAAAAAGUAAAAGAUUUGAAAAAGUAUCAAUAAAAUAACCUAUUCAAAUAGGAAACAAUCAUUAAAUAGACUCUGCUUUAAUUAUUGAAUACGAUGAAGAAAAUUAAUAAAAUAUUUAAAUUCACUCCCAUAUCUCAAUUAAAAAUAAUCUAGAAUAAUACUAAGAUGAUGAAAAUAGUUCAUUAGAAAAGCAAUUAACAAACAAUUCUAAUCCUUAAAAAAUAAUUAAAUCUCAGUAUAAAUAGUUAAGAGUCUCUAAGUGUAAGUCUCCCAAGAAAUAGCAAAAAAGUAGCAACAAUAUAGAAUUUACUGAAGCUAAUGAUUAGCUGAGUAAUUAAAAUUAAGAUCAUAUCUAAUCACAUAAAACAAGUGAUCAUGAGAGAGUGAGUACAAAAUAUUAAAAUUCUAAAUCAGACAUAGAAAGUAAUUUUGAUUUUAGUAAGAAAUCAAAUAUCAAUGUUUUUGGAAGUAAUAAUGUAAAAACAACAGAAUCUUUCCCUUAAAUAGAUUAAUAAAGGUCAAUGAUUGAUUAAGAAGGUUUCACCUCUUAUGUAGGCUUUUCUAAGUUUUUUGAAAAGCAACAUUCAUCAAAAAUUUUUCGUUAAUCUACUCUAAACAAUGAUCACACACACAAAUUGUAAAGUUCUAUGGCCUAAUAAAAUAAGUAUAUUGACAAUGAGCAUUAUGAAGAAACUUAGUAAAAAUCUUUUGAGUAAUAAGAGUAUAAACUAUCUUAAUAAGAUAUAAUAGAUAAUAUAAUAGAAACUAAUAAAAAGAAGAAUUGCUCAUGCCCUCAAAUUUUAAUUGUAGAUGAUAACUAAUUUAAUUUAUAUGCCCUAAGUAAAGUAGCUGAAUAGUAUCACUUCAGAUAUACUACGGCUUCUGAUGGAAAUUUAGCACUGUAAGAAAUUGAAAAUAUUUAUCAAUUUAAUUGUUGCAAAGCCCCUAAAAUUAUAUUCAUGGAUAUAGAAAUGCCAUUUAAAGAUGGUUAUGAAACUGCAUAAGAAAUUAUUUAAUUUUAUAAAAAUGUUAACUUAAAAUAACUUCCCAUCUUAAUUGCUUGCACAGCUUAUGUAGGACAAGAAGAUUAAAAUAGAUUCUUUUAAGUUGGAAUGGUAGAUUUUAUAAACAAGCCUAUUUUGAAAAACGCAUUUUAAUAAUUGAUAAUUAAUUGGUCUACUUUAUUUAUUUGA